GCAUCAAAGCAAAGUUAAACUGUCAACAAAGUGAAACAGGUUCUCCACGCACCCCUAGCUAAUAGCAAGUUCACAUACGCUUCUAGGACUAGCUUGUGUGGGCUAGUUUUUCUACAGCAAACGUGAGUCUACUCAGAGUGUCGGAGGAAACACCGAUAUGUUAAAUGUCGGAGGUGUAACUAAACCAGAGGACAAACAUGGAAACCUCCGUUAUGUCAGCGCUGGAUAGGCCCGUGGCGGAGCUGACGGUUAUGGAUGUGUACGACAUAGCGGCGGUGCUCGGACAGGAGUUUGAGCGGGUCAUCGACAGGUAUGGGUGCGAGUCUCUGACCGGGGUGGUGCCCAAAGUGGUGCGGGUCCUGGAGCUGCUGGAGGCCCUGGUGAGCAGCGGAGCUACCGGACAAGAGGCCGAGGAACUGCGGAGGGAGCUGGAUAGGCUGCGGCAGGAGAGGAGCGACAGAUACGAGCAGGAGAGGAAGCACCAGAAGGAGUUGGAGUUGGUGGACGAUGUAUGGCGAGGAGAAGUCCAGGACCUGCUCUCUCAAAUCAGCCAGCUUCAGGCCGAGAACAAGAGGCUGUUAGUAAGCCUCUCUCUCAGAGAGUCCCCUGUUACAGAGGAAGACCUGCAGAAACAGGAGGGAAUGUCAGACAAGGAGAGGCAGGUGGUGAAUAAGCUGAAAGACUUGGUGGAUAAGCAGAGGGAUGAAAUCCGGGCUAAAGACCAUGAGCUGACACUAAAAAACAAGGAUGUUGAGGCGUUCCAGAUGCAGCAACAUCGGCUAAUAAGAAUCAACCAGGACCUUCGUCACAGGGUAGGAGUGAUGGAGGCUCAGGGAAAGGCACUGAUCCAGCAGAGGGCUGAGCUGGAAGCGGCAGCCCAGGCACGGCAGCAGGAGCUGGGGGCUCUGCAGAUGGAGGUCGCAAGGCUGAGAAAGGAGCUCCGAGGGUGGGAACUGGAGAGAGAGGUCACUGAUAUAGAAAUAAACAGAUCUGGGAUGUCACCACCUACAUCACCACAGAUGACGUCUUCGGCAUCUAACUCCCAACCAAAUUCAGUGUGGGUGGAGUGUGGAGAGGAACCUGGCUUCCUGGCAAGCUACUUAAAGAGUCCUUCCCUUCUCCCAGGGUCAUCAAAGAGAGAAAAUAAUGAGGAAGAGGGUGACAAAGAUGAGGACACAUCAGCAUGUUUACUGAAGGUGUCCGCUGAGACAGGGCCAGAGGAGAAGACAGACCGCCUGGAGCAGGAUUCAGACCAACCUUGCUUCACCCUGCAGGAGCUGCGGCACGUCCUGCAGGAGAAGAAUGAACUCAAGGCCCAAGUGUUUAUGCUACAUGAAGAGCUGGCAUAUUACAAAAGUGAGGAGUUUGGGGAUGAAUUCAGCUCCAUGGUUUGUCCUCCAUCUCCUCCACCUUGCUCCAGUUCCACUGAUCAGGCCGAAUCAGGAAUUAGACGCUUGAUCUUCACUGCUAUAAUGCCGAUGGUGGCAGCCGGAUUGAUUUCAGACGACCCCACAUUGAUGCCAAUCAGAAGACUGUUCUUCGUAUGAUCUUGAGUUUGAAUUGGAUUAUUGCUCUUAUUUGUCACCACAAUCCUCUAUGACAGUAAACUGAAUAUCUUUAAGUUGUGAAGAAAACAUGGCAUUUUUCACUAUCUGACAUUUUAUAGACCAACAACUAAUGGAGAAAAUAAUCAGCAGAUCAAUCGACAAUGAAAAUAAUACUCAGUUAAAGCCAUACUUUUAUACAUACAGUAACUGUGAUAAAUGAACCACUGUUUUCAUGACUGGUGUCAACUUUUGCAAUACGUUUUGGUAGCAUUUUAGCUAGUCUUGCAUAGCCAGCCCUGUCUUUGCAGUGUUGUGUCAUCGCUGGAGUAUGAGCUGGCUAAACCGCUUAUCAUUCUGGGGUAGGGGUAUAGGAGGAGGAGAAUGCUUUAGAGACGUGCCAGAUGUCAGGCUUUAUCCCAGCAUUGUACAUCCGGUAAGCCAUACUACAUAAUUAUCCUACUUGGUAAGAGCUUUAAAUGAACCUAAGUAGUUAAAUUAUUAUGUACAUUUAUGACCUAUCAGGUGCUACAUAAAACAUUAUUACCUGUCAGUGCCGCACUUUAUAUAUUACGAUGAAAAAGUUUUACUUCGUUAGGUGUUACCCUGCACUUGCUGCUUUAUUGUCAAAUAACUAAGCACCCAAGUUUCCUCGCUACAUUGCUUGAUCCAAAUACAGAAAUUGUGUCACUGCAAUUUCUAGAGUAUGAAUUGAAUUUUUACAAAAGUUCAAAAGGUACAAAAGUUCCUUGACAUUCUCUGAAUAAUGACACCUGUUGUUGGGAAUUGGUCUGCAUGCUAUAAGACCUUUUAAUGGGAUAUCUUGUGUAAUUUCUUUACAAAUUAUGUUAAAAUGUAUUGAUUAUAUAACAAAUUAUUGUUGGUAAGUGUUUGAGUGGGGUUUGAAGGUGCAGCAAUGGAUCUGAAUUAUCAUGUGCCUCUGUUUUCCACUAAGAGACUGAAACAAUGGGUUUAGUCUCCUGAAUUGA